AGUCAUCAGGUGAGUGUGACUGAGAGUAAAAAGAAUGAAGAGCUUGCAAGGUGAGGUCCAGCUGAACAUCCCUGCAACCAAGGCGUGGGAGAUUUUCACCAAUAAUGAAACUGUGGCCAAGAUCAACCCUGAGAUGCUUGCUGGAGCAGAGUACCUGGAAGGCGAUGGCAGCCCAGGCAGCCUCAGGCUCUUCAGGCUAGGACCUGCGCUGCAUCACUUUGUGAAGGAAUCAGUCCAGAAGAUUGAAAAGAUUGAGUCAGGCCGUUGCCUCGGGUAUGAAGUCAUCCGUGGUGAGCUGAAGGAGAUGUAUGAUCCCUACCAUGUCACCGUCUCCUUCAUCCCCGUCCCGGGGAAGGAAGGCGAGCAGUGCAUCGCCACAUGGAAAGCCGAAUUUGAGCCGAUCUCCCCCACCACUCCAAUGCCUGAGAAUGCCAAGGAUGCCGCCCUCGGGUUCCUCAAGCUGUUUGAGACGUGCGGUGCCUCCGACUAGUACAUGUCAGGGAUGUUGGUCACGGAAGAAAAUGUGCUCAACUCCAUUGGCUUUGGGAUGUGUCAUAUGCCAAUGGUAUUAUGUGUCUUGUGCCUGUAUAAUGUGUGCCCUGACGAGCACUAAGAAAUACAAGUGCAGGGCAAUAAGGAUUGUAAUGUUUUGUAUUCCUCAGCGGUUGCUCUCCUUCCCUGUUUAUAUUUGAUGUGCCCUACUUGGCUACAACAUUUCUAUGAGAAUUUUCCAGUAAGCACUGCAUUGUCCUU